AUGGAUUCAAGAUUUUUUGAUGCCAUUCUUUCUGGUGAUAUAGCUACAUUUCGCUCAUUACUAGCAGAAGAUCCGCUAAUACUUGACCGCAUUUCUUUGAACUCAACAGAGAAUCCUCUACACAUAUCUUCAUUAGCUGGCCAACUCGAAAUCACAAGAGAAAUAGCAUGCCAAAAGCCAGCAUUUGCCAGGGAGCUAAAUCAAGAUGGUUUUAGUCCUAUCCACAUUGCCUCCUCAAAUGGGCAUGUGGAGCUAGCAAGGGAACUUUUAAGGGUAGGUUAUGAUAUUUGUCUCUUACAGGGAAAAGAUGGCAAAACUCCUCUUCAUUUUGCUGCAAUGAAAGGAAGAGUUGAUAUCGUGAAGGAAUUAGUACAUGCUUGCCCACAAUGUGUUAAAGAGGUGACGACCUGCAGCGAAACUGUGCUUCAUGUGGCUGUGAAGAGUAACCAGGUUGAAGCUGUUAAGGUUUUGCUGGAAGAGAUCAAGAAACUUGACAUGAUGGAGAUUGUAAACUGGAAGGACAGGGAUGGUAACACAAUAAUGCAUUUAGCUACCUUCAGAAAACAACACGAGACCAUAGGGCUAUUAAUUGGUCAACAGGCCAUUGCUUACGGGGUAUUAGUAAAUUCUAUCAACUCAAGUGGAUUCACACCAAAGGAUGUUCUUGAUUUUAUUCUUCAAAGUGGAGGCGAAUACAAUGACAUAAUUAGUAUCUUAGAGAUGGUCCAGCAAGCAGGAGCAAUGAAAGCUAUGGAUAUCACUACAAAUCCUGCUUCGACUCGCCAAGUUGAAGUGAAAAACAUUAACAAGAAUGUUAAUCAAACAUCACAAAAUUCAUGUUCAUGGAACCUCUGGAAACAAUUGAAGUUAGAAAUUGAAGGGUCAUCAACUGAAACUCAAAACGCAUUAAUGGUUGUCGCAACGCUCAUAGCAACUGUGACAUAUCAAGCUAUACUUAGCCCUCCGAGUGGUUUUUGGUCAGCAGAGUCCAGAAGAUCUCAAACGAUUAAUCGUGGUGAAAAGAGAGACCUUUUGCCUGGAGAGGCUGUCAUGGGUACUGAUCCUGAAGUUUUCGCUGUAUUCACUGUUUUUAAUGCUGUUGGAUUUUUUUCAUCUCUAGCCAUGAUUUCUCUCCUAACCAGUGGAUUUCCUCUCAGAGCCGGCUUGCGUCUCGUCAUACUCUCAAUGACAGCUACUUAUGUGAUUGCAGUAAUUUAUAUGUCACCAACAGAAAUGAAAACAGUAGAUGCAGUGGUCUGGUUGGUUGGCCUGCUAGUUCUCGCAGAGUUUGCCCGUUUUAUGAUAUGGUUACUAAAGAAAUUGGGCGUCCUUCCUCUAAGAAAGAUGAGAACUUUUGCUGAUAGAAACCUGGCCACGGUGUGA